CCACAAUACAGUCCCAUCUAACAUUACAUUACCACACAGGGAGGGCUGCGUCUUGCACGUGCCGGGGACAUGCUUUUGCAAAUGUGAACUCUGCGCUUUUAGAUUUUGCAGGAGAUUCGUUCAUAGAUCGAUUUUGCUCAGUGAAACGCCGAAAAGUGUCAAAAAUAAUGGCAGUCCUGAAUAAGUUUACGACAGCAUGCUGGAAGAAUUUACAGGGCGACCGGCUCCAUAAGCAGCUGUUCUUCAUUUUACGCGCCUUACACAAGUCAGCAGCCAGCGAGGCUUUUGGAAUCCCCGCGGCUGGAGAACAAGCCAUGCCUGAAGGACUGAUCACACCGGCGGAUGCCGGCGAGAAAACUACAAUCAAGACCCUGAAGGCGAUGCCUGGACCCAGCACCUUGUCCAACUUGAUCGAGUUCUUCUGGAGAGACGGGUUUAGCAGAAUUCACGAAAUCCAGAUGAAGCACAAGAAGAUGUAUGGCAAAAUUUUCAAAUCCCGUUUUGGGCCCCAGCUGGUGGUUUCAGUGGCGGACCGUGACCUGGUGGCUGAGGUGCUGAGGGCCGAGGGCGUGGCCCCUCAGAGAGCUAACAUGGAGUCCUGGAAAGAGUACAGAGACAUGAGAGGCCGUUCCACUGGCCUCAUCUCAGCCGAGGGAGAGGAUUGGCUGAAGAUGCGGAGCGUGCUGAGGCAGCUCAUCGUGCGUCCGCGUGACGUAGCUGUCUUCUCUGACGACGUGAACAAAGUGGUGGACGACCUAGUGAAGAGAGUUUGCAUUGUGCGCACACAGGAUUCCGACGGAGCGACUGUCUUCAAUGUGAAUGACCUCUUCUUCAAAUACGCCAUGGAAGGUGUGGCAGCCAUUUUGUACGAGUGCCGAUUAGGCUGUUUGGAGAACGAGAUCCCCAAGGAAACUCAAGACUACAUCAGCGCACUGCACCUCAUGUUCAGCUCCUUCAAGACAACCAUGUAUGCCGGGGCGAUCCCCAAGUGGCUCCGACCCGUCAUCCCCAAACCAUGGGAGGAGUUCUGCCUUUCCUGGGAUGGCCUCUUCAAAUUCAGCCGUAUUCAUGUUGAUAAGAGGCUCUCAGAGAUCAAGUCCCAGCUGGAGCAUGGAGAGGAGGUGAAGGGAGGGCUGCUCACACACUUGCUCAUUACCAAGGAGAUGAGCAUAGAGGAGAUCUACGCCAAUGUAACAGAGAUGCUACUGGCUGGCGUCGAUACGACAUCCUUCACCCUUUCGUGGGCCAGCUACCUGUUGGCACGGCACCCGCAUAUACAGCAGCAAAUCUUUACAGAAGUGACGAGGACUCUGGGACCAGGAACCGUCGCCACAGCUGACGAUGUCCCUCGUCUGCCCCUUGUGAGAGGGCUGGUCAAGGAGACUCUCAGGCUUUUUCCAGUUCUCCCAGGGAAUGGACGGAUUACCCAGGAUGACAUGGUGGUGGGCGGAUACCUUAUCCCCAGAGGGACUCAGUUGGCCCUGUGUCACUACUCCACAUCUUUGGAUGAAGAAAACUUCCCCGAUGCUUUCGACUUCCGCCCGGAUCGCUGGAUUCGGAAACAUUCCACAGACCGUGUUGAUAACUUUGGCUCGAUUCCCUUUGGCUACGGCAUCAGGAGCUGCAUUGGCAGGAGAAUAGCAGAGUUAGAGAUGCAUCUAGCUCUCACCAGGCUCAUUCAAAGGUUUGACAUUCGCGUGUCUCCUCUCACUGCUGAUGUCAAAGCCAAAACCCACGGCCUGCUCUGUCCCGCUACCCCCAUUCACCUGCAGUUCAUCGACAGAGAAAACUAGACGCAGACUCAUCUCUGUAAGGUUUAUUGUAUGUUUUGAAGUGCUGAUUCAUUAUUAGUUUGUUUUUUGUUUAUUUUUAAGACACUGCUUUUAGUACAUGCUCCACUGUUAGACUGUAGAUAGUGAGCUGAGACUGAGGUUUUACUCAGGCAAGAAAUGUGUCUCACCUUCUCCUGUUUCUUAAUGCGGAGGACACAAAAAUAGUACUGGACUGAUAAUGUAAAGAUUAAAGCUGUUCUUGUAUGUAUAUUAUUUGUACUUAGUGAAAACCAAUGCAGUUUGGACUGUCACUCCUGCCAUUCAUUCUAUUCAAAGCAGUGAGAGGAAAAAUGAACCAUAUUCUAGGUACUCAAACUAUAUUAUUUUGUGUUAAUGUGCACGCAUGUAAUGUGCACACUCACACUGUUUCCUACCUGUUUUUGAGAAAGUAAUUCACUGAGAAUGUUGAAGGGCAAACAUGAAUGUAUUGAAAAUGAGCUGUUUUAAGAGGUACAGUAUGUAUAUAAUGAGCUUUAUUUUGACAAUGUUUCUCAGACCAAAAUUUUGCUGCGGAUUGCAUUUUUUUUUCCUGGCACCACAAUGUUUUUACUCACACUGGUAUUACAUUAUUUUAUUCCAUUUAUUGUAUAUAUGAAUGAAAUAAUACAUACACACUUUUUAAAAAAAUAUUUUCUAAUUAAAAUAUAUAAUUCUAGGUUAGGACAUGUAGCUUUUUAAAAUAAAUAGGGUUGCAAAUAAUAAUUACUUCAAUCAUCUUAUCUUAUUAUUAUUAUUAUUAUUAUUGUUAUUAUUACAGAAGUCUAUUGAAUGUCAGCUUCCCACCCAACAGUCCAAAACCCAAAGCCUCCUCAUUUACAAUCAUAAAUGACAAAGACAAAUGGCAAAUCGUCACAUUUAAGAAGGUGGAACCAGCAAAUGGUUGACAUUUGUAAAUGAAAAUUGACUGAAAUGAUUAUCAAAAUAGUUUACAACUUUUUUCCUUUGGACUAACACUAACUAAUCAUUGCAGUUCUAAUGCUCAAAUAAUGUGGGCAUAUAUCUACUUUUUCACACGACAUAUUUUGAUUCAGAAAGGAUGUUCAGUAUUUUCUGAAUUUACUGUUUAAAUAUUUUUACCAGAGCAUCAGUUAAAUUAUGAUUUUAUUGAGCGAGAUAAUGUAUGUUAGAGAACAGGUCUUGCAAGCGAAAGAGACAAGUUGUUGGAUUGUACCAUUUUGAAGAAUCACACUGGUUUGCAUGGAGGAAAGUGGAAACAUUUUAUAUCUUUGUUUUGUCUAUCUGUACCUUUUUACUGUAGUUCCAGUUAAACCGGGAAACAAUAAAAUGAUCUAAUUAUUGUUUUGA